AUGGCAUUUCGUUCAGUCGAGCAUGUCGAGUACGAGACAUACGAGGAGCGACGCCUCGCCGGAGCAGAGCGUCAGAAAUGGCUCAGUGACCCCUCCAUCCCCUGUCCCAUCCCCAAGUCAACACUAACAUUCAAAGACAUCAUGUCAGAAGCAGGAUGGCGCACCGACCAACUAGGCGGCCCGCACGUUAUUCCCGAGUUAUACCAGUUGCAAGCCGUCGCCCUAGGCCUGCCGCUCGACGCGAACUACCGAACAAAGUACAUCUCACGACUAGAAGAAGACGAAGAGAUCGACAUCGACGUCGGCUUCGAGAAUUGGGGCGGUAUCACAGGCCCGGGCGUAAUAAUCUUACAAAACAUUUUCAAAACGUUCUCUCUUCCUCCCAUUCUUCCCUCAGGCAAGCCUUCCAGCACUAUCUUCCCCUACAUGUCGCGCGUUACGCAGGCAGUCUACGAAGCAGACUUUGCCCUGCAUGAUCUGAAACAUGUAUUUGUGUCGGACGUGUUGAAUGUUGAUACUAGGCAGUUUGUUAGUCACCAUAUUCAUCAUGAGUCGAAACAGCUUGCGGAGGAACAUAAGCAGUUGCUGACGUGGGAGUAUGGAACUGAUGAUUAUCAGACACUACUCGCUACGCGGAUUGGUAAAUUGGUGGUUUAUUUGAUUCUGGGUGCUUUUGAGCGUGGCACGAGGCGGAUUGCCCGUGUUGCUACUUGGUUUCAUACUAAUGAGCUGGCCGAGACUAGAAAUUUGCAGAUGAGGUUUGAUAUUGAGGAGGAUGUUUGA